GCCCCCGAAAGGGUAGAAGUCCCCCAUCAGCUUCGGAAAACAACGGAAGCCAAAUAAAGCAAACUCUUCAGUCAUCGUUGGUGGACUUCUUAAGUAGUUACCCUCCUUCAACGGGAAUUUGCGCACGUGAUGACGUCCACAAGCACGCAGCUCAUUGCAGACGUGCUACGCCGGCCCAGUUCGGUGGACCGCCUUCACUGGACGCUGCCUGAACCACCCUUUCGCACCGCGCAGGACUAUGCGGCAACGGAGUUCCUCUACCGACUCCGCCUGUGCUCGGUGCUGGUGCGCGGGUCGUUGCUGUUGAACGCACUCGCACAAGGCGGGCCCCUUGGAUGCAGCCCUGCGCCUGCUCCAUCCAGCGUAAAUGCGAGUUCCACCGCGUUGCAGUACCCUGUGCAAGUCACCGCACAGCUCACGUACAUGGCGGAGCCACUGAGCCCCAUUGUGGAGUCGUCCGCCGUGUACGCGGCUUCCGUCAACGCCUCACCCAAUGCUUCGAGCUCCCCAUCCAGCGUCUCACCCGACGAGCAACGGGUGGAGUUCGUCUUUGCGGAGGAGUGGAUUAUUUUUCCGCUGGAGCUGUGCGAUGUCCCGCUGGACGCCACGUGCGAGCUGCACCUGUGGUACAACGACAUCGACGUGGGGGCUGCCUCUUUCCACGUGUAUGCGGUGGAGGGAGAGCUACGGGUGGGGCAGCAGCACCUUUCCUUGAACUCCACUGCAGCAGUACCAACAACCGCGGAAGGACCUCCAAUGGAUGACGCGACCGCAUUGCUGGCGGAGUACCAUCGUGGACGCUUCCCGGUCAUCCCCUGGCUCGACGGGUUGUCCGUGCACCAACUGGAAGCCCGACAAGCGAGGCGUGCGCGUUCGACGAUGCUGCGCAGCGCUGCAGUGGGCGCGGACGCUGCGGAGGAGGCCGCGCUCCUCGUGUUUUAUCUUCCCACGGCCACCACCGCGGUUUUCUUCGAGCCCGCCGCCGCCCUCGGGGCGCGUGAAAUGGAACCUUUGCUGACGGGGGUCGAUGCAGCAAGUGCAGAUGGAAGCGUUACUGCGGAGCGCUCGAGGGAGCACGCGGGCGACUAUGCCCAACGCCUCUUUCCGGAUCAGUACACCUUCUUCAAGGAUUUCAACCUGAGUGAGGCCAAGGCUGCCAUCACCGCCAAGUCGCAGUACUUCGUCUCCGAGAGCAGCGCACCGCCGGGGCCGAAGGAGCGUCAUCAACUGGCCAGCCUGCUGCGACGCCCGCCUCUUCAGCUCGACCACGGCAGCAGCGGCGGCGCCGGCGGUGCGGGAGUAGGCGGGGGCGGGGCUGUGAACCGGCUGGAGGAGACACGCCUGCUGUGGAAGUACCGCCGCUUCAUCUGCAAAGACGGACGCUUUCUCCUGCCGUUUAUGCGCAGCGUUGAUUGGGCCAACACGCACUCCACAGAGCGGCGGGCGGCGUGCGCGCUGAUGCAUCAGUGGGCUCGACCCGGUUUUGCGGACCUCCUCGCCUGCCUCAGCUUCUACUUUGACCGCGUCGCGCCCGUUCGGCAGUACGCCGUCCGCCUGCUGCGGCAGGAAGGCGAUGGGCGGCUGUGUCAGGUUGUCUUUCAGCUUCUGCAGGCCGUCCGCUACGACUCCGCCGACGGCGAGCUCGCGACGUUCUUGCUGGACCGCGCGGUAGGGUGCUGGGAGAUGUGCAGCACCGUGUACACGAUGCUGACGGUGGAGGUGGCGCUGGAGCGUCGACGUGCCGGUGGGCCUGGAAAGGCUGGCGAGAACAGCGCCAACGCGAGCGGCAGCAGUCCACCGCCGGCGCAAGCGCGUGAACGGCCCGCGUGGGGGGCCGUCUUCGAGUCCCUCCUGCGGCGUCUAGCGAAUCGCCUUUCGCAGCAGAGUCCGCUCUUCGUUUCGCGCCUGCGGCAACAACACGCCAUGCAUCGCGUCCUCCAGCAACUGAGCAAGCAAGUCCAGCAAAGCGCGCUGGAUCGCCUGGGCAAGACGUCGCUAGGCAACAAGCUCAUUGCGAAGCAGAGCUGCGGCCUCCACGCCCUCUUUGGCACGUUGCGUCAUCGUGCCCCGCGCCGGGCGAACUCGGCGACGGCGGACAACGGUCAAAGCAACAGCAGCUUUGCGACGGACGCCGCCUCGACGCAGCAGGAACGCUCCCCCGUUAACUCGGUUGUACGUGCGGCGUGGGAGGAGGAGGAGGAAGACAACGACAGAGAAGGCGAGGAGGGCGCCACUGCCGCGGCUGCGGCUGGCAACGGCAAAGAGCAGCAAGAAGUGAACGCCCCCACGUCGUCCGCCAACUUGAGUUCAGCAACGACCCCACUUCAUGGAAGCCGUACGCGACGCGGCACGCAGUCCGUUGCAGGCGUGUCACAGCAGCGAGGCACAACAGCGGCCACCGCCGUCGACGUCUUGGACCGCUACGGCGUCGUGACCUUACCCAUCUACCCUGCCGUCCCCAUCACAGGGAUUCUCCCUAACUCUCUUUACAUCUUCAAGAGCGCCAAGCUGCCGAUGCGACUGACGUUCAAGGCCAUACGACCCGCGGGCGUUCAAAGCGGGCCGACGAUGGUGUCCACGGUGUCGUCGAGCACCGUCACGUCUGCGGCUCCUGCAGCGCUCGCACCACCGUCCGCUUCAUCUCCCGCUGCUGCGUGUUUGCUGACGCCUCUUGCCAUGCAGCGGCAACAGCGCACCGUGUCCACGCAACGCACUGCCGGCUCUACCGCAAAUGUCAACAGCAACAGCAGUGGCGAAGUCUCUUCCGCCUUUGUGGAAGACCCCGUCGGGUCCGUGGAGGAGGACACGGUUCCGCUCGCCAUGAUGUUCAAGUAUGACGACGACGUGCGCCAAGACCAGCUCAUCGUGCAGCUUUUGCGCGUGAUGGACGACCUUCUCCAGCAAGACGGGCUGCAGCUUUACUUGACGCCCUACCGCGUCAUUGCGACAGGACCGCGCGAAGGCUUGGUGGAGAUCGUACCGCAGGCGACGACGUUCCUCAAUGUGCAGCGGGAAGUGCUGAAGUACCUGCGUGUCUACAACCCAACGGCGGAGCUGCUGCGCCAGGCGAUGGACCGCUACACUCGCAGCUUCGCCGGCUACUGCGUCUCCACGUUCGUCCUAGGCAUUGGUGACCGACAUCUGGAAAACAUUCUCCUCACCCAAGACGGCCGCCUGCUGCACAUUGACUUCGGGUACGUCUUCGGCAACGAUCCGAAGCCCUUCCCGCCGCCCAUGAAGAUCAAUCGCGAGAUGGUCGAGGUCCUGGGCGGGCCGCAGAGCACCGGCUUUACGGAGUUCAAGCUGUACUGCUGCAGCGCCUACAACACACUGCGCAAGCACGCUGCGCUGCUGCUGCACCUGCUGUUGUUGGGGGCACACGCGGAGAACAUGCCGCAGGUCACCGGCGACGGCGGGGACCCCCGUGUGAACCUCCUGAAGGUGCAGGAGAGGCUGCGACUGGACCUGACCAACGCACAGGCGACACAGUAUCUGCAGAACGUCAUCGCAGACAGCGUGGGUUCGAUCUUUACCAAUCUCUGGGAUGUCCUCCACGCGGCGGCGCAGGCAACCCGCAGCUGA